AUGUCCACCGCCAUUGAUGAACUGCAGGCAAUCAUUGCCGAGCUGAAAACAGAGCUUGAAGAGCAAAAGACUUCAACGCGCAUUGCACGCGAACGCAUCGAGCGUAUGUCCGCCGAAGUUGUUGACUCCAAUCCCUACAGCCGUCUCAUGGCGCUGCAGCGCAUGAACAUUGUCAAAGACUAUGAGCGCAUACGUGAUAAGGCGGUGGCGAUUGUGGGCGUCGGAGGCGUGGGCAGCGUGACAGCCGAUAUGUUGACACGCUGUGGCAUUGGCAAGCUAAUUCUCUUCGACUACGACAAGGUGGAACUGGCCAAUAUGAAUCGACUGUUCUUCACGCCCGACCAGGCCGGCCUGUCCAAGGUGGAGGCAGCAGCGCGCACACUGAGCUUCAUCAAUCCAGACGUUGUCAUUGAGACGCACAACUAUAAUAUUACCACUGUCGAAAACUUUGAUAAGUUCCUGACCACAAUCUCAGAGUCCGGGCUCCAGAAGGGCCAGCCUGUCGAUCUGGUGCUCAGUUGCGUCGACAACUUUGAGGCUCGCAUGGCCAUCAAUGCUGCCUGCAAUGAGAACAAUUUGAAUUGGUUUGAGUCUGGAGUAUCGGAAAAUGCCGUCUCCGGGCACAUACAGUUCAUACGUCCCGGCGAAACAGCCUGUUUUGCGUGCGCCCCUCCAUUGGUGGUCGCCGAGAACAUUGAUGAGCGUACCCUGAAGCGCGAGGGCGUCUGUGCCGCCUCGCUGCCCACAACGAUGGGCAUUACGGCGGGAUUGCUGGUCCAGAAUGCGCUCAAAUAUUUGCUCAAUUUCGGCGAGGUCUCCGAUUACUUGGGCUACAAUGCCCUGAACGACUUCUUUCCCAAGAUGACGCUAAAGCCAAACGCUGAGUGCGACGAUCGGUACUGUUUGCAGCGCCAGAAGGAGUUCCAGGCACGUCCUCAGCCAAAGGAGCAGCAGAUAGAUGAGGUGGUGUCCAAUGAACCGUUGCACGCCAGCAACGAUUGGGGCAUUGAGCUUGUGGCCGAGGAUGCGCCAGUGGAACAACAGACCACAAACACAACAAAUGUAGCGUCCGGUUUGCGGUUGGCUUACGAAGCGCCCGACAAAGUGGACGUCAACCAGUCGGAAAGUGCAGCUGUUGUGAACGCGGGUCUGCCAGAGACGAGCUUGGACGAUUUAAUGGCGCAAAUGAAGUCGAUGUAACAAAACUAAUUCCAUACUCUGUUAUUUAUAAAUAUAUACAUAUAUUUACACUUUUUUUUACAACAACCGACGAAAUUUAAAGCUUGAAAAAUAAAAAUUCGAAACGAA